UCGGCGGAUGGUAACACGCGCAUCGUGUGCGCUCGUCAACUCUUACCAAACAAACACACAUUAUAAACAUAACCUCGCGAAAACAAUAUCGAAAAGUGAUUGCCGUUGACUCUACUUAAUAAUGCAUUCAGUGUUGAAUACGGUGAAAAGUGUUUAGUGAGUUUAUAUAUUGUAUAGUGUACGGCCUACGUCUUGGUCGCGGCACAGCCUACACAAGUACACGGUCGGCCGCGUUCCGCGUUCCCCACCAUUCAUUCAAGGCUCAAUCGUUGAACUCAUGUUGCCUCAACAAUUGCACGAACGCAAUCGUGAUGUAGAAAUGUUAAUGUAUAAGUGUGAUACACGGUUUGUUGAUGACUGCUAACGAGUUGACCUCAACAAUGUCCAGCAGCCAGAAUGCGGACCAGUUCAAUAAACACAAACAACAAGUAGGCAAACAGGCGCCGGAACCGGUCAGCUUUCCACCGCGCUAUCACCCACCACCUGUCGCUGCGGGCUCCAAGCAAACCACUAUAGAAACAUCUGCUAAAGAGUUCAAGCAACCAUAUGCUGGUAAAGCACCGUUAGAUCAAAAGUUUCACUAUCCCUACAAUAUUCAAGGCGUACCAACGGCAUACCCGGGCCUUUCAUACCCACCUUAUUUACAGGGAUACCCAAUCGGAUACCCUGUGCCGCCUGCUGCUUUGCGCAUGCAGCGACCACCAGGGGAGAUAGUUACUAAAGCACUUGUGCACGAGCCUGUUGAAAGUACUGCCAGGGCGAGAAGUGCUGACGAUACACAACGUCUGCAAAGGAAUUUAGAAGAGGAACAAUUACAUAGAAGGUCAGCGGAUAUGCUUAAGUUUACAAAGCGUGUCGAACCGGAGGGUACCCGACAGUCGACAGAUCAAAGACGUCACAUUCAAUCACUGAUAGAUGAAAUCAAAGCUUUGAAGGAAACCAAUCGUCGGCUCAGUGAAGAUAACCAAGAACUACGUGAUCUAUGUUGCUUUUUAGAUGACGACAGACAAAAGGGACGCAAGUUGGCACGAGAGUGGCAAAGAUUCGGAAGGUACACUGCAUCAGUAAUGCGACAGGAAGUGUCAGCUUAUCAAAACAAGCUGAGAGAACUUGAUGAUAAACAACAAGAGCUCAUUCGAGAUAACUUAGAGUUGAAGGAAUUAUGCCUUUACUUAGAUGAAGAAAGAGAUAGAGGAACAUGUGUAAGUUGUGGAAGGGCGAAUGGAAGGGAAAGAGACGAAGGAGACGGAAGCAGUAGCGGAACUAAUGCUGAAGAAGUAUCAAGGCCGCCUCCCUCGAACAUAUCAAUAACACAUCCUCAAUUAGCCGAGCGUACCGUUCAAUACGUUAAGGACCUGGAGCAAAAAGUGCGGCGAUUAGAGGCUGAGAAGGGCUUAGGAACGGGGUUCAAUGAAAGACCAGAAGCAGUUGUGCGAGCUUUGCAGGUUUUGGAGGUCAGAGAACAAGUGGAGAGAGAACGAAGAAGACCAGCACCUGACCUAGAUACUGGUGAGCAAGCGUUAGUGAGGGAGAUGUGUAAUGUUGUCUGGGGGAAAUUAGAAGACUGUCCGCCACAGGCCCCGCCGCGCUGAUACCAGUUACAACGGAAUCAUUGCAGGAAUUUAUUAUGCUACUUCCUUGCCCAUUGAAAAGUGAGUGAAAACCUGUUUAGUAUGCAGUGGUCGGUUGGUACUCAAUCCAUUGAGGUCGAACAGUCCAAGUGGCUCAACGUGACCUACAGAACUCAAUAUAACCUGACCUUGAUCGCAGUUAUUUGUGUUGUUCACCGCAGAGCUAAGUUAUUAUUUCUAAACUAUGGCUAUAGGCUACAGAGACGGUUCCAGUCUGCGAGAAAAUAUAUGACUUCAAAACGUGUAUCAGUAACUUUAAAGUACAAAUUAUUUAUUAAUUUACCUAUCAAGAAGUUUUUCUUUUAAUUUAUUUUAGUAUUGUGACUUAUCAAACAGAUUAUUAUUUGUAAGUUGUAGAUAUGUGGUGAAUAAGUGCUAUGAUUUUCAUAUUCCUAGUAGGUUUCACACAGAACAGUCUUAAACCAAAUAACCAAAUAAUGAAGACUAUAACAUUAAAUAUUUUAACCAAAUAUACAUGAGAAAUUAUGAAGUAAAAGCACGAUUUCACAUACAGGGUAAGAGAAUGAGGCUAAACUAAUUGUAGAUGUAAUUCUGUGACUAUAUUAAUAACUGGUCUACGGACUUCUAAAAGACGUACAUCUCAAUUAUUUGUGUGUUCUGUUUUGCAUCUGAAAUUCAUCCGAAGCCUAUUGAAUGUUUAUAUAAAUUUUAAUUUAAGUAAUUAUUGUUAAUUUAUUUGAUGACUUGCCGAAUUAAAUAUUAUGACGUUUUA